CCACCUUUCUUUACAUCAACUAAAGCCUGACAGACACCUGGUGCUCUCUGCUGAUAUCAUUAUCACAAGUUACCCAGUCUAAAUCAUGACUCUAACUGGAGCUCAGCACUUCUCCGGGAGAUCUUUUAGUGGCCGCGCUCUCAUGCCAAUGAACGUCUCGAGCUUUGGCAGCUCUGGCGGGUUCAGAACAGGUGCUGAAGGGGGGUUUAGGCAGGUGUACAGUCAGUCGGUGAUGUCCGGUGGUCUGCGCAGCAGCGCUGCGGUGGGUUUGGGGUCUAGUGCUGGGGCCUGUAUGGGGAUGGGAGGUGGAAGUUCUCUCUCGGCUGGUUUCAGGAUGAUUGGAGGUUCUCUCUCGGCUGGUGGGAGUUUGGGUGGAGGCUCCUUCAUGUCUGGUUUGAUGAGUGGAGGAGGUCUCGCAGAAACCAUGUCAUUCAUCACCAAUGAGAAACAGCAACUGCAGGUCCUGAACGAUCGUCUUGCGACUUACCUGGAGAAGGUGAAGCGUCUGGAAACAACGAACCUUGAGCUUAACGAGAAGCUCAGAGCAUUCACCAUCAACAGAGUUAAGAGCAGCCACAAUCUGGAGCCCUACCAAAUCCAGAUCAAGCCACUCCGGGAGAAGCUUCUGGUUCUUAUUCAAGAGCACGCACGUGUUGCUUUAGCCAUAGACAACGCCAGACUGGCCGCGGAUGAUUUCAGAAUGAAAUACGAGACGGAGCUGGCCAUGAGACAGUCUGUGGAGGGAGAUAUUGCGAAUCUGAGAUCUCUGAAGAAAGAAUACGAUUCAGUGAACGCCACGUUACUGCAGGAGUUUAAGAUCCUCAGUGAGGAGCGUUCCACCAUCAAAGACAUACACCAGGAGGAGAUGAUAUCGCUGCGAGGGCAGAUGGCAGGUACAGUGACUGUGGACCUGAUGUCGGUGGAAAGUAAAGACCUGUCGAAAAUCCUCGGCGAGAUCCGAUCUGAGUAUGAGGCAAUCAUCGAGAAAUACCGCCAAGAGGCAGGGAACUGGUACACUAAACAGGUGGACAAGAAAACUGCAGAAGUGGUGAUGAUCACAGAGACGGCUGUCAGCGGCAGUUCUGAAAUCACUGAGAACCGCAAACAGAGUCUGACGCUGCAGAAACAACUGGACACCGUGUUCAUGGAGAGAGUAAACCUGGAGCAGCGUCUGGUGGAGGUUCAGGCUCAGUAUCAAGCUCAGAUCUUCUCUUUGAGUCAGCUGGCCGGCAGGCUGGAAGGAGAGCUCAUGUCCAUCCGUGAGAGCGCGAUGCAACAGAGUCGAGACUACCAGCUGCUCCUGAGCACCAAAGUCCAGCUGGAGCGCGAGAUCAGCACGUAUAAAGCUUUGCUGGAGGGCGCUGGUGACAUCACCAUGUUUGAAAGUGUCGCUGUGCCCCAGAUCAAGACAGCCGUGAGGACGAUUGAGGCCACAUCUGUGGAGAUGAAGAUCUCGGAAAAAGGUGCAGUUUCAGCAGCGGAUGCAGGUGCUGGAAGUGAUGUCGUCAAAUCGGCAGCAGCUGCGGAAGCUAUCUCAGCGGCUGGGAUAGCAGGUAAUGGAGGGACGGCCUCCUCAAUAAGCUCCACCUAGAGUUUAAACAUUGGAGGUGUAACCUCCAAUGGUGAGAUCGAAAUGGUGAAAUGAGGCUCUUCAAGGUCUGGGUGAUGUCAUAGUCGUGACCAGAGCGCGACCAAUCAUUUAAAAUCUAAAUGUGAUGACACUCUCAACUCUGAUGUGCUGUAUAUAUGUCCAGCAUCAAUAAACUCCAAUCGACACCUUG